AUUCCAUGAAUGUAACAAGCAUAUCAAACGGAAAAGAAAUGGAUCGGAUCAAAGGUCCAUGGAGCCCCAACGAAGAUAAUUUGCUGCAAAGACUGGUCCAAAAACAUGGACCUAGGAACUGGUCUUUGAUCAGCAAAUCAAUCCUGGGUCGAUCCGGGAAAUCCUGUCGGCUCCGUUGGUGCAACCAACUCUCACCCCAAGUUCAGCACCGGACCUUCACCACCGAAGAAGACGAGAUCAUCAUUCGUGCUCAUGCAAGGUUCGGGAACAAGUGGGCAACCAUAGCGCGACUCCUUAAGGGCCGAACCGACAACGCUAUUAAAAACCACUGGAACUCGACGCUAAAACGAAAGUGUUUGUCGGUUGGGGAGGAGUGUAAUAUUGUUAAUAACGAUGGGUAUGAUGGUAAUUUGGAAGGGGAAGAGCAACAACCUUUGAAAAGAGCGGUGAGUUCUGGGCAUUAUAUUUAUAUGACGCCGGGAACUCCUUUGGGAUCCGGCGUGAGCUAUUUCGGUGCUCCCGAUUUAUCGUCUUCACCAUUGUACAAGGCCAUCGAAAGGAUGGGCGGUGUUAAGAUCCACGUUGACGUGAAUGUUACCCCUGAAGGGAUCGAAGCGGCGGCGUCUUGCAACGAUCCACCGACUUCACCGAGUCUGGCAUUACCAGGGGCAGAGUCGUCCGAGGUGUCAACACACCCAGUUACUGAGUCGACUCAGAUGCGGAACGAAGGAAAGGAUGAAGAAAAUAAAGGUAGGGAUAUGGGGUUCAAUACGGAGUUCAUGGCGGUGGUUCAAGAGAUGAUAAAGGCAGAGAGGAAUUACAUGGUGCAGAUGCAACAGCAAAACGGUACAGUUAUAGGUGGAGGAAUGGGAUGGGUUUAGGAAUAUGGGCUUUGAACCGAGUUGGGGUGAGUCGUAUCGAGUAAAUUUCUUUGUGAAGGUGAGUGUUUGAUGACAAAGAAAAGAA